AUGCAUCCUCUGUCCGUCUUCAGACGAGGCGCGGCUCUGGGUCUCGUGAGCAGCGUCUUUGCUGCUCCUGGUCCUGGGCAACAGGCAUGUCCCGGUGGUGGUAUCCAGAUCGUGGAACUCCAGCCAUACGAGGUGGUAUGUGAUGGAAAGACUUCUGUCACCACUGUCACUCGCACUUACACCAAGUACCCCUGGUCAUCUGAUGUCCCCAACAGUCCGGGCCAGCCUUACGCGUCCGGUAAUCCUGGCUCAAAGAGUCCUGAUUACCCCGACUCACCUGGAUCGCCCGGAUAUGCCGGUGGUCCGGGUCAUCCCGACCAGCCGGGAUAUGCCCCGCCUUGCGUUGAUUGUGUCACCAUCACAACCACUGCCACUGCCCCAUUCUGCACCACUAUCCCCCCCGCUACUAAGGGUGGAGUCUCUACUGUAAUCACUGGGGUCCCCCCUCCCUGCACCCGUUGCGUCACUGUCACUACCACUGGAUCUGUCCCCUAUGUUACCACUAUCCCCCCAGCUUCAUCUGGUGGGAUGAGCACUGUCAUCUCUUGUCAAGGGCCAAAGACAGUGACUGUAAUCCCCCCUCCUUGCCAUGAAUGCAUUACAGUCACUACGACUGGAACCAUUCCCUAUGUCACUACUCUACCUCCGGCAUCCUCUGGUGGCAAGAGCACUGUCAUCACCUGUGCAGGACCGAAGACUGUCACUGACUGGGUUCCGUGUCACGGCUGCGUCACUGUCACUACCACUGGAACCAUUCCCUAUGUCACUACUGUACCUCCUGCAUCCUCUGGUGGCAAGACGACUGUCAUUACUUGCGAGGGGCGAAAGACUGUCACUAUGACGGCCAAGGUCACGGAAACCAAAACUCUGCUGCCUCCGCCCGACUGCGAGUAUUGCACAGCUACAGUUGUCGUUCCUACAAGCCCUGUCACUACUGUGACCACAACAGGACCGGUCCCAGGCACCACGACAUUACCUGCCCCACCUGGCUGCACCAAAUCAUGCACCGCUACUGUCAUUGUUACCAAGGGUCUCUUCACUGGUCCCUUUACAACAUUGACUACAACUGGAGAUAUUGCAGGCUCAACUACUCUUUCACCCUCGGGUUGCACAGAGUCUUGCACAGGCACUGUCAUUGUUACUAAGGGUAUCUUUACUGGUCCGUUCUCAACAGUGACUACAACUGGUCCGACUGAGGGAACUACUACCCUACCUGUCCCCUCUGGCUGCAAGUCUUGUACCGGAACAGUUAUUGUUACCAAUGGUCCAUUUACUGGUCCGUUCUCAACUGUGACUACAACCGGCCCAGUGGCAGGAACAACUACUGAGCCACCGCCUUCUGGUUGCACAAAGUCUUGCACAGGAAAGGUCAUCGUUACCAGUGGUCUCUUUACUGGACCAUUUACCACACUGACUACGACCGGUCCGACUCCUGGAACUACUACUCUCCCUCUUGCAUCUAACUGCGCGGUCAUCAAGCCUCGAGAUGGACAGGAUAUGCGACCCGCUGGCUGCACGGCCACAGUCAUUGUCACUAAUGGCCCCUCUGCGACUCUCGGUCCCUUCACUACCAUCUUUACAACUGGUCCUACUGCCGGGACAACGACCAUUCCUCGGGCAUCAGACUGUUCGUCUUGCUCAGAUACUGUCAUUAUCACCAAUAGUCCCAGCUCUUUCACUGGGCCUUUCAUAACACGGUCUACAACAGGACCUAUCGAAGGUACAACAACACUGCCCCCGGCUUCGGACUGCCCAACUUGCGCUGGUACUGUUGUUGUGACCCAGGGGCCUUUUACAGGCCCUUUUACUACUCGCACGACAACUGGCCCAACUGCUGGUACCAUGACCAUGCCCCCUAGUUCUAACUGCCCUACCUGUUCGGGAACUGUAGUUGUUACCGAGGGCCCUUUCACUGGUCCCUUUACUACUUUUACCACUACGGGGCCUGUGCCAGGAACAACCACUCAAACCCCUGUAUCCCGUUGUCCUACCUGUAUUGGUACCGUUGUUGUCACCAAUGGCCCGAGGCCCUUGACUACAGUUGUGACAACCGGGCCUGUGCCUGGAACUGCUACACUACCUCCAGCUUCCGACUGUCCAACUUGUCUAGGCACCGUUGUUGUUACAAACGGGCCCUUUACAGGUCCGUUUACUACUAUCACCACUACGGGUCUUGUCCCAGGUACAUCUGUGGUACCUCCAGCAUCAAGCUGUCCCACUUGUGUCGGUACUGUAAUUGUGACGGGCUCUCCAUCAGGUUCUUCUCCAUUUACGACCGUUACUACAACAGGCCCGGUGCCAGGCACUACUACAAUUGCUCCUGCGUCUAGUUGCCCUACCUGCUUAGGCACCGUUGUGGUUACAAAUGGACCCUUCACAGGACCAUUUACGACCAUCACUACGACUGGAAAUACACCGGGAACUACAACAAUCCCUCCUGUAUCAAGCUGCCCUACUUGUGUCGGCACCGUUAUUGUCACAGGAGUGUCUUCGACUACCCGACCCUUGACGACAGUCACUACAACCGGCCCUGUUCCUGGAACCACUACACUGCCAGUGCCAUCUAAUUGUAUAACCUGCAUUGGUACAGUUGUUGUUACAAAUGGUCCCUCGAGCACUCGUCCACUCACCACAGUUACUACGACAGGUCCUAUUCCUGGCACUACUACUCUCCCUGUGUCUUCUGACUGUGCAACAUGUGUCGGUACCGUGGUCGUCACAAAUGGCCCAUCCAGCUCUCGACCGCUUACCACAGUGAGAACUACUGGUCCCGUUGCUGGUACUACCACUCUGCCCGUGCCUUCAGACUGCCAAACCUGCACUGGCACAGUCGUAAUCACUGAUGGCCCAUCCAGCUCAGCCCCAAGCUCAAGCUCUCGGCCUCUGACGACUCUUUUCACUACUGGACCUACUGCUGGCACUACAACACUACCUGUGCCUUCCGGUUGCUUAACCUGCACAGAAACUGUCGUUGUUACUAACGGUCCCUCGAGCUUGAGCUCUCAACCUCUGACGACUAUCAGAACCACUGGUCCUGUUGCAGGUACCACAACGCUGCCUGUGUCUUCUGGCUGUACAACCUGCACUGGCACUGUAGUGGUCACUGACGUUCCAAGCUCAUCCAGCUCACCGACUGUUUCCACCUCGAGCUCUCGGCCUCUGACUACUAUCAGAACUACUUGUCCUGCUGCAGGCACUACAACGCUUCCGGUAUCAUCAGGGUGCACAACCUGCACUGGUACUGUCAUCGUGACAGAUGCACCGUCUAGCUCAACCUCCCAGCCUCUGACUACUAUCAGAACCACUGGUCCUGUUGCAGGAACCACCACUCUCCCGGUAUCUUCAGGGUGCACAACCUGUACUGGUACUGUAAUAGUUACCGAUGCUCCAUCUAGUUCAAGCCUUUCGUCGUCGGCUGCUUCCUCAAGCUCCUCUAGCUCGAGUGCUUCAUCUACCUCAAUUGUCUCGUCUUCGACAUCUUCUCCAUCUUCUUCCUCCUCAAUCUCAGCAACAUCUACUUCGAUGUCUUCUUCGUCGGCUUCGUCCUCAAGUUCUUCCUCUUCGGCCAUUUCGUCCUCGAGCUCAUCUAGCUUGGCUUCCUCAUCCAGCACAGCCCCCUCUUCUAGCUCGGCUACAACUUCCUCGACCUCCUCUACUUCAGCUACUUCAAGCACAAGUUCAAGCACCGAAGUAGUCACACGUCUUACUACAGUGACCUCAACUGCCACUCAAACUGGAGCAACUACUCUACCGGCUACUGAUGGAGGAACCACAACUGUUAUUACAUAUGUUCCUUUUAUCACUCGGCUGACUACAAUCACCCGAGCUACCACAACGUCUGGCCUCACAACCCUCCCUGCUACUGAGGGAGGAACCACGACUGUCGUCACUUACGAGUGUACUGUCACCCAAACUCAGUCAGCGUCAGCAAGUGGGACACAGUCGUCUUCGGCGUCAUUCACUGUACCUGCUUGCGCUACAGCCAUGCGUUUUAUCGUCAUUGGUGGACAGGGCGGCCAGGGCACCCUCGGUGGUCCUGGACAGAAUAUCUCUGGAACAGUGAGUUCCGUAGUGCCUGGACAAGUUGUUCAACUUAUAGCAGGAGGCGAAGGAAUACAGUCGCCCCGCGGUGGAAGUGCAGCUGGCGGACGAGGAGACGGAAACGGUGGAACUGCCUAUGAUGGUGGCUACAGUGGAGGCGGAGGAUCCAGCUUGUCUUUGGCAGGCAAUAAGGUAAUCAUCGCGGGUGGCGGUGGUGGUUCCGGUACCGGCGCCUCUACUAACGGAAAUAACCCUCUCCAAGAAGUAAAUGAUGGAAAGAAGGGUGCUGGAGGUGGUGAAAAUGGUAGGACGGAAUAUAUCACGCCAACUGGAGACCCAAAUACCCACAUUUGUACGCUGAACGGAGGCUUGGGUGGUACUGAAUCUGGUGCCGGUAAUGGAGGAACUACAUCAGGAACUUGCACCGGUCCAAAUAAUGGUAGCAAUGGAUCUGGGGGCAAUGGUGGUGAUGGCGCUCACGGGGCCAAUGGUCAAACUUAUCCGGGCGCGGGUGGUGGCGGUGGAGGUUAUUUUGGUGGUGGUGGUGGUUCCAGUGGCCGCGUCGAUCGUGCAGGAGGCAACCAACAGUGGGGUUCCGGUGGUGGUGGUGGUUCAAACUUUGUACGCUCUGGCCAAGCAGUGACCUACGGAUCAGCCUAUGGUCCUGGUAUAGUUACUGUCGUGUUUAUCGGCUAA